UGGCCCCGCGUCACGCAGAGAUCAGCACCUUGGACAGCGGCGCCUGCCAAUACGCAGCAAAUCGGCCGAUUUUAUUCUCACCGUGAAAAAAAACAUUACGACCGUGAAAGCGAAAGGCGGACAACAUCACUGGUAAACAUAUUUCAUUUUUAUUAUUAAAAUGCCGCUACUGAAGAAGGAGCAUUUAUUGUGGUCCUCGGCGUCCCUGUCGACGAGGGAUCUGCUUUCGCACUAAUAUUUCCUCCAGAGCUAUUCUAAAAUCGUUUUUUAUUAUUUUCAUUGGACCGAUUGACGUUUUUUUUUUUGUACAUCAAAUCUGUGUUUCAUCAUGUCUAUCUGAACGGGGAAAUCGCUGCAUCCUUUUUUUCUCCAUUCCCGGUACAUGGUCUGCAGGAAUCGUUGCAGACGGAAAGAUCAGCAUGGAUGCUCGAUGGAAGACGGAUGUGUGUUUUCAUGCAUAUUUUGGCAGCAUUUUAAGAUUUGAUGUAAAAUGCGAACACGUUGGAUUGUAAAACGGAUUUCGGCGGUGUUCGGAGGGGGGACGGAGAGGGACAUAUUUUUGAGGCAUCAACCAGAAAACAUACAGUAAAGAAACGAAAAAAAAACAAAAUGAUCUGAUAGCUGGGAUGGCAUUGAGGGACAAAAAGAGAGACGAUUUUGAAUAACAACUGAUUUGAAACGACCUUUUCCUCUUUAUAAUUCUGGAUUAUAUCAACGGACGAGACAUACACAUGGAGGGGAGUUUCUGAUUUUGUAAUAUCUUCUGAUUUUUAAAUGUCAUUUCAUGUGAUCCCUCUCCCUCUAUCGCCGUCCGCUCGAUAGGAUUCCGAUUUUCCCUUGUAGUCCCAGGACGACACAUCUCCAAAUCUAAUGUCCUCCGAAACCAUAUGCAAUUGCCAGUGAAACGUUCCGGUAUUUUUUGCGGUCCGGUUUUGUUUGUCGCUCCAAUAUACAUAUUGCCUUUAUUGUUUCGGCAGCCUAUUAACGGUACCAGAGAGCUUCGGCCCGUUCACGAAAGCAACCCUUUAUUCCGCAUCGGUUAAAGAAAACAUACAGUCACCAGGGUGGUAAUCACCGCGACCAAAUGUGUUUUCUUCUAUUUAAUAUUAUUGAAAUGUUUUUUGAUAUUUAUUGAAUGUUUAUUUUUGAGUAUUUAUUCGAGUAUUUGCUCGGCAGUCAUGUUUUUUUCUUACUUUGACAUUUUAUCUUGAUAGUCCCAUGCCCUCUAGCUGGACGGUAAUUGUAAUAAUAUAAUUAAUAAUAUCACAGCAUUUUAUUUCCAUCAUUUCAACUACAAAUAAUCGUUAUUAUUAUUAUUAUAAGCCACACCUGGCUUGCAAAACGUGCAUCCGGAAUGAAUCACUUUUUGCACUUAUACUGAUCAUUUUUUUCUCAUCUUACAGCCACAUUUGCAUAUGUAGUAAAUGAUGUUUAAGUAUCGGAUCCGCAUGUUUUUUAACGAACUCAAAGUAUUGGUUUUGAUGCGAUCCGGUUCGAGACGGGCCGAUCCAGACGCAGACGCAGACAGGCGAAGCAGCAUGCGGGGACUCGGCAUGGGCGGUUGCGGGUGGCCGCCUUUCGACUGUUCCUCCCGGGACGACGAGGAAGAGUACUAUGGGACGGAUCCUCGACCACGUAGCCUGGCCUUCGAGGAGAAGGAGGCCAGACUGCAGGGCGGCCUGGACGCCGUGUCGCUCACCAGCAGCAUGGAGAGCGGGAUACGCUCACCGCAGUGUCGGAUCUGCUUCCAGGGACCGGAGCAGGGGGAGCUAUUGAGCCCUUGCCGCUGUGACGGCUCAGUGCGCUGCACCCACCAGCCCUGCCUUAUCCGCUGGAUCAGCGAACGCGGCUCCUGGAGCUGCGAGCUGUGCUACUUCAAGUAUCAGGUGCUGGCCAUCAGCACCAAGAACCCACUACAGUGGCAGGCCAUCUCCCUCACGGUGAUCGAGAAGGUGCAGAUCGCAGCCAUCAUCCUGGGCUCCCUCUUCCUAAUUGCCAGCAUCUCCUGGCUCAUCUGGUCCUCGUUGAGCCCCUCGGCCAAGUGGCAGCGCCAGGACCUGCUCUUCCAGAUCUGCUACGGCAUGUACGGCUUCAUGGACAUAGUGUGCAUCGGCCUUAUCGUCCACGAGGGCUCUUCUGUGUACCGAAUAUUCAAGCGGUGGCAGGCUGUAAACCAGCAAUGGAAGGUACUGAAUUACGAAAAGGCCAAGGACCUGGAGGACCCAAUGAACUCGGCGGGCAAGGGAGGGGGGCGUGCCUCUCGGAACAACCCACAUGGCUCAGCCAAUGGUGUCAGGGGAGGGAGGCGGGGCCAGCGUGUCAGGACUAUUCUGAACCACCACUGUGGCUACACCCUCCUGCACAUUCUGAGUCAGCUGCGGCCGAACGAUCACCGCAUCAGCGCCACGGCGAACCGUGAGGUGGUGAUGAGGGUCACCACUGUAUGAAACUGGAGGCCCACUGUACGGACCACUGCCAAAAUGGCCUCCCUCACUGACUACGGCAUAGCAACGAAUGCAUGGCGCAGCAGUAACGAAGAAAUACAGACAAACUGAACCUGAGUUCUUAUACAAAAAAAUGCAUUUUUAACAGCAAAUAAACAGAUGAACAGAACAUAAAAAAUACAAACAGCUCCACGACAAACUUAAAUGCUGGAAUUUUUUUUCUUUUCCCAGCAAGAAAAUACAUUUCCAUGGCUACUGUUGUUUUUGUUUUUUAUUAAACUGUUACUUGUUACUUGUUACUGAUUUUGGUUUUAUAAGAGAACACACUGUAAAACGAUUAUAAAAUUUCCAAAAGCCGUUCCCAUGCUGCUGGGUUCCGUGUGGAAUCGCGUCACACUUCCGCCCCAUAGCAAGGGGGUCAUUGACGACCCCUGAACUCUCCCCGCGCAAAGGCAGCUGAGGAGUCUGAAAAACAAUAACUUAACCUACAAUAAAAUUACAGAAGUCCUGAACAAUAACACCGAUAUUCCACAAACAAAAAACGUGUGAACCAACCUGGCAAUAAGGGGUAUCUGUACAUCUCACCGUGAAUUCUGUCCGAGGGGGGUGGCUACUUUCUUGUUUUCUUCUCAUCCCUCUCUCUCUCUCUGUCUUUCUCUCUCUGCCAAUUUGCUGUUUUUCAGAUUCAUGCUCGCCGACACAGAGGGGCGGGCUGCAGGAAAAUAAUUGCCGAAUCAAUGAAUCAUCGCUGUAGCUUACAAUACCUUCAAAGCAGUGUCUUUCUUUCUUCUCUUUUUUGAUUUGGAAGACUUCACUCUUAUAGCCUGAAGCUGUAAAGUACCCUGAAUAUAACCCAAACUAUCCUGGGAUGAAACAAAGCUCAAAGGUGCUUGAUACAAAUAUUUGUAUCCGGAAUUUAUUCAUUUACAUGUCAGCUAAUAACAAGCACUUAUGACAUGAUAAAUAAAAAUGCCAUCUUGACCUGACUGUACUGUGUGCCCCCUGUACUGAGGCAUCUUUAGCCUUGACUGUUUGUGUUUCAGAAUGUUCCAGGGUGCUGUCUUGUUUACUUUAAGAGUAUAAACCCCAUAUGGUAAGAAUUAUCAGUUGACAAACUGAAACUACUGGCUGAUUGGAUAUGCACAUAAAUGACAUAUAAUUCCAGCAUAUAAUCUACUUUAACAUAAUUAUCUUACGAUUAUUUAGGUGCUGAUUAGGUAAGACCAUUUAAAUGUAUACCUCAAGCAAAAGUCAGCACUUAUUACAGUUUGGAGUAUUAUAACCAAUGAAAACCACUGCAGCAGAUCCUGAGAAGAAGAUCAAAAUAUAUAAAUUUGCAGUUGCUUGCAGUAUUUGCCAUGUUCUGCUGUAAAUCCUAAAUUUGUGACGAAACAUUUCCUUUAAUGUGGAUGGAGUACAAAGAACCACAGUGUGUCGGAUGUUAUGGGGGGUUUUUAACUUAAGACAAAUACCUGAGUUUAUGUUAUUUGCAAUGUUCAAUAACUUUUGUCAAAACAGUGUUUGCUUUGAAUUAAACAUGCAUUAUAUACCCAAAAUGUCCUAAUUCCUACUCAAAUUUAUGCCCAAAUUGUCCUCAUUUCAGUCUCUAACCUGAUUACGGCUAUAAACAUGAUUGUACUAUGUACAUUGUUACAGCUGUCAUUGUCCUUAUUAUUAAUAUGGUAUGAACUUCAGAUAUAAUAAAAAAAACCAAUAUGCACAGA